AUGGCCCCUCCACCCCCACCUCCCGAGGUCUUUCAGUACACAAUCGACCCGUCGCUGGAAGAAUUCAACGUCACGCCCAAAGCGUGGAUCGAGGCCAACAAGAAGCAUUUCCACGGCAUUGCCGUCUCCAAUGUCGUGUUUGACGACCAGGACCGGGUGCUGCUGGUCCAGCGCGCCGCGCACGACUCGAUGCCCAACCGGUGGGAGGUCACGGGCGGCGCCGCCGACGAGCCGGGCGACGACAAGUUCGAGCCCGUCGACGGCGCGCACCCGCGCAACACCAUCCUGAGCGGCGCCGCCCGCGAGCUCUGGGAAGAGGCCGGGCUUGUCGCGACGCGCUUCACGCACCUCGUGCCGCAGCCGGCCGAGGCACCGCUGCGCGAUGCCACGGAGGCGCCGCCACCGUACUUCAAGGACCAUGCCGGGUACGUUUACACGAACCGGACCGGGACGGUGCUGUACCUGCGGUUCGCGUUCCAUGUGCUGGUCCAGAGCACCGACAAGGUGACGCUGGACCCCGACGAGCACCAGGACUAUGUGUGGGCGACCGAAGAGGAAGUGCGCAACGGCAUGACGGCGGCGUACCGGGACAUUCCGGCGACCGUGCCGGCGACGCGGGCGUACAUCCUGGAGGCGUUCCGACUGCGGCGCCAGGCCAAGGAGCAGAAGCUGUGA